AUAUUUAUUGGCAGUGCGUCGGGACGCCGGGCAUUCUUGGCGGCGCGGGCGGGCCGCGCUACCCCCUACAAAACCACAGCACACCCAACCAACACAGGCACGAUGUGGCAGAUCAAAGUGGCGGUCCUAGCCUUCGUGUCUUUGGCAACAGCAAAGGAGCUAAGCGAGCCGCUUCGUGAGGAGAUAAUCCAAGAACUGCCGCAAGCUCAGGACCCAGAUCCCCAUUACGACGACUAUAACCCGUUCGAAGAUGACGAAAAUGCUAUCAUUGCCGAGCAGGACUUCAGAUCUGCGACAACUGGAACAUCUGAAUAUCCCCGAUCUGGCAUAGUGAGUCCGAGAGUUCCACCGGCUCUUCGUUGCGUGGAAAUGGGAAGGACGUACUCGGAUGGGGAUACAUGGAAGCGAGACAACUGUACAAUCUGUCAGUGCUUCGGAGGACAGACCAAUUGCACCGUACUUCCUGCUUGUUUGUCAGCUCCAACACCGACUCGGCCUGCUGUACCACCGACCCCAUCACGUGGAGUCCCAGGUCGUCAAGGAGACGAAGGUCCUCAAGGACCGCCUGGAGUUCCAGGUGUCAACGGCGUACCAGGAGCCCCCGGCAUUCCUGGCCCAAGUGGUCCCAUGCCCGAUGUGAACGCAUAUUUGGCACAACUAGCAGCAACCGCUGGCGGCGAUAAGGGCCCAGCGUUUGACCCGUAUCAGUACAUGCAAGCUUCUGUUGGAGCACCAGGAAUUAGAGGAAUAGCAGGACCGCAAGGCCCGCCCGGCCCGCAAGGUUUUCAAGGUCCAAGAGGAGAGCCAGGUGAGCCAGGAAUGCCUGGACCACAGGGUAUAGCUGGAGAAAGAGGUCCACCAGGAUUGCCUGGAAAAGAUGGCGCUCCUGGUGAGGAUGGUGAGCCAGGUCCAGUGGGAGCCGCUGGACAGCCAGGCCCUCGAGGUUCGCCGGGAAUUCCCGGUAUUCAAGGGCUGAAAGGUCACAGGGGAUUCGACGGGAAAGACGGUGCAAAAGGAGAUCAAGGGCAACCUGGUGAAAAAGGACCUACAGGACUGCCUGGGCAAAUGGGACCUACAGGACUUGUGGGACCAGUUGGCCCCCGAGGUGAACGUGGUCGUGAAGGGCCUCCAGGUCCUCCUGGAAUCCGAGGUGCUGAUGGUGCAACAGGAUUACCUGGGCCAGUGGGUAAUGUUGGUAAACCUGGUUCACCAGGCUUUCCCGGUUCCCCUGGAAUAAAAGGCGAACAAGGUGUUGUUGGACCUAAAGGCAGCCAAGGUCUUCAAGGACCUAGAGGAGAAUCAGGACGUCCAGGGACUACAGGCGAAGCUGGCUCUCCGGGAAUCCCUGGAAAUGAUGGAAUUCCUGGUGAAAAAGGUGUACAAGGGCAACCGGGGCCUUCGGGGCCUCAAGGUUUCCCAGGACCAAGAGGGACUCCAGGAGUAGCAGGUGAUCCAGGCAUGCCAGGAUCUAAAGGAAUGCCAGGCCAACCUGGUGAAAGAGGUACAAAAGGUGAUGCUGGUAUCAGGGGAGAAUCGGGUGCACCUGGACCUAGAGGUCUACCAGGUUCGGUGGGAGCAGAAGGCAAACGUGGUAAACGUGGUCUAAGGGGACCUGCUGGUAAUGUUGGACCUCAGGGAGAGCGGGGUUCACAAGGAAUGAGAGGCCUGCCUGGUUUGGAUGGUGCUGCCGGACCUAAAGGUCAACCUGGAGAACGAGGUGGCUUAGGAUUACCAGGAACUAAGGGCAGUUUGGGGGACCCUGGUAGACCCGGUAGUCAAGGCUUGCAAGGCCCAAGAGGAGCUAUCGGAAGACAAGGUAUACCGGGAAAAACUGGGCCGCAAGGUGAAAGAGGUAUACCGGGUGCUGAUGGUCGUCCUGGCGAACAAGGACCACAAGGAUUGCAGGGACCACCUGGUAUGAUGGGAAACCCAGGGGAACGUGGAUUGCAAGGUGAGCCUGGUAAAGACGGUGAACAAGGACUGCAAGGACCUCAAGGACCCAAAGGUGAUGCAGGACGAGACGGUAGUCCAGGUAUCCAAGGACCUCAAGGACCUCAAGGAUCGGCAGGUGAAAGAGGGCCUCAGGGUCAAACUGGACCUACAGGAUUUCCGGGAAUGCCUGGUACCGCUGGACAACCUGGUUCUCCGGGCAAAGAGGGGGAGCCCGGUAUAGCUGGGCCGGCAGGUCCUCCUGGACUAAUCGGACCACGUGGUGAAAGAGGAUAUCCUGGUGAACGUGGACAGCCCGGACAAGCUGGUACUCCAGGAGAGAAAGGAGAAACUGGUUCUCAAGGAGCAGACGGACCACCGGGUCCGGAAGGUGCUAGGGGUAGUAAAGGGCAUCCAGGACCAAUAGGAGCCAUGGGUAUGCCGGGGCCUAGAGGACCUACAGGUUUCGCUGGCGAGAAAGGCGAAAGAGGAGCAGCUGGACCGAAUGGCGUUGAUGGACCUCCAGGCCGUCAGGGUGAUCAAGGGCCGCAGGGCCCAGUAGGGCCAGCUGGUCCUCCUGGAGAGCCGGCUGAACGCGGAGAGCCGGGUACUGCAGGAGUCCCUGGGGAGCCUGGAGCUCCGGGUUCUACUGGCGAAAGAGGGCAACCUGGCUUACAAGGAUCCCCGGGACUGCCAGGAUCUCCUGGACUAACUGGAAUGCCUGGUCUUAAGGGUGAUAGAGGAUAUAGCGGCCCCAAAGGACAGCAAGGAUUACCUGGAAGUCCAGGUGUACCUGGAGAAAUGGGCUUGAGAGGACUGCCUGGAGUGGCCGGUGCUAAAGGUGCACGGGGUGAACAAGGUCACAAGGGGGAUCCAGGUCAUGCCGGGUUACCUGGGAGACCAGGGGAUUUGGGUCCUCCGGGACCUCAAGGCAGUACUGGACCUGCAGGAGCAGCAGGUAUCCAAGGAGCUAAAGGAGCAUCCGGUGAAGCCGGUCGUCCUGGUCCUCCUGGGCCUAUCGGCUUGACCGGCUCUGCAGGGCCAGAAGGACCUAAGGGCGAACGAGGGAGUGAAGGAGAACAAGGGCCGCAAGGUCAAGCUGGACCACCUGGAUCAGCUGGCGAGAGAGGGCCAAGUGGCUUACCGGGUAUGGUUGGACCUCCAGGACCGCAAGGACUACGGGGUACACAGGGUGAAAGUGGUACACCAGGCAAACCAGGCGCAGAUGGGGCACAAGGCUUACCGGGAGCUCCUGGGCUUCAAGGACCGCCAGGUCCUAUGGGUGAACCAGGACCCGAAGGGAGACCAGGAAAACAAGGACAACCUGGAAUAUCUGGCCGUCCAGGUGACAAAGGACCUAUAGGACCCCCUGGUUCUUCAGGCUCCCCUGGAUUACCUGGAAUGCAGGGUCCACCUGGACCUUCUGGACCAACUGGGCCAACUGGCGAGAGGGGUCCUAGAGGUGAAUUAGGCCCCCCAGGUGUAGAUGGGCCUCAAGGUCCUUCAGGCAAACAGGGACCACCAGGGCUUGAUGGAGCUAAAGGCGAAAGAGGCGAGGCUGGUGCUGAUGGAAGUAAAGGCCAUGCUGGCCUUCCUGGGCUACCAGGGAUGGUCGGCGCACCAGGAAGAGUCGGCGAACGUGGCUUACCUGGUCCUAUGGGACCUCCUGGAAAGGAUGGCGAUGUUGGACCAAGAGGAACGCCAGGACGUGACGGAAGUUCGGGUCCUCAAGGACAAAUGGGUCCACCGGGAGGCAGGGGUCCCGCUGGAGAUCCCGGAAAACAUGGGCCUCCUGGGCCAUCAGGACCACCCGGACCGCCCGGACCUCCAGGAGAAGGACUGGCUUAUGACGCCGCUGCUAUCGCUGCUAUGUUGCAGCAAGGUUCUAUAAAAGGUCCGGAUCCGCUCGGCGAUGACCCUAACUCCCUGCCUCCAAGGUUCUUCAAGGACGACAUGUCGUUGUCAGAACGUAAAGAAAUCGUUAUUAAGGCAUACGAGCGACUCAAAGUGUCUCUUGACAAAUUCUUAAAGCCAGAUGGCUCGAAGGACGCACCUGCGAAGACUUGUGGCGACAUCAAAUACCAUCAUCCGAGCUUUGAAAGCGGUCAAUACUGGAUCGAUCCUAAUGGUGGGGACAUGAAUGAUGCCAUUAUGGUCCACUGUGACAUGUCGACUGGAGCCAGCUGCGUAUAUCCCAAGCCGAUGCAGACCCAGGAUAUUUCGUACAAAGGAGAAGAGAAAGAGCCAUGGCUUAGUGAGAUGGAAGAAGGGUUUACGAUCAACUACAAGGCGGAUCACACUCAGCUGACAUAUCUUCAGCUCCUUUCACUGAAAGCAGUUCAGAACGUCACGCUCCACUGUCGGAACACCGUCGGCUACUUUGAUCCCUCGACGAAAAAUUACAAACGGGGAAUCAAAUUGCUCGCGUACAACGAUGCCGAGAUCCUUCCUAAAGCUAACAACAGGUUGAGGUAUACUGCCCUGCUAGAUGAAUGCCAGUACAAGAAAAGUUCAUGGGCGAAAACCAUCGUGGAAUAUUCUACUGACAAGCCUGGCCGUCUUCCACUCUUGGACGUCGCCAUCCGAGACGUCGGCAAACCAAACCAGACCUUCCGAGUAGAGUUGGGACUUGCAUGCUUUAUGUAAUUGGAAAAUCGAUUUUUUUUCUAAAACAUAUUUUUUCGAAUUUGCAUUUAGAUAUAUUAUGUACCUUUUCAUUAUAAUUUUCUAAAUGUUAUUCACUGCCAAAUGCUACUAUGCUUUUAUUAGAUAAAUAUAUAGGUGAUUAGUAUGUACUUAUGACCAUUUACAACAAAUAAGAUAGAUUUAAAUGAAACUUGCCCAAAGAAAUGCAUUUAGUUAAAACAAUUUAUUAUACUUAAAUAGCAUUAAGUCGUAUAUUAUUAGGAUAAGUUCUUCUCAUUAUAUUAUAUUAUUAUAGAAUAGAUUUAAAGACUCAUUUUAUACUCACUCGUGGUCUCGUUGGAGAUGUGAGUCAGUUUUUUUUUUAAUUAUAGAUUUAUCUCAAAAUUAAAAUUAAUUGUAAGAAGUACAUACCUACUUGUAUUAUGCUUAUUAGUUAGUGGUACCUUAAAUUGAAUUUUGUGUUCCUAGUUUUAUAAAAGUCGUCACAACAUAUCCUUAAUUUUAUUUAUAAUUACAAAGGUCCUAUUUUAAGGCUGUGUACAGUGUACAGUAUGUAAAUUUAUCCUUAAUGAUAUUUGUAAAAAACAUUGAAUGUUAAUUAUAUUAUAUAACUGUGAAAUUAUACUUAAUAAUUAUAAGACAAAAUUAAAUACAUACUCUCACAAUGAUAAUCUUAAAA